AUGGAAAACGAAGGCGGUACAUGCGGUAUUUCCUAGCCAGGCAUUUGUUUCGAAAAAGUCCUAAGCUCAGGCAAAAUCAAUUCUUGCUCUCAUCACUUUCAUUUCAAAUGCAUUCUCAGAUGGUCAAAAAUUUCCAAUCAUUGUCCAACAUGCAGGGAGCCAUUCCGAGAGAUAAAGUAUUACAAAGGCACUAAAUUCGUCAAAAAGGUACUGGUCAGAGCCCGAUCAAAUGCCGAUGAUAGUUUUUCAGAAAACGAAUACAGCGAUGGAGAUUAUGGGGUCGUAUGCCUAAUUUGUGGUAUCAAUGAAAGAGAAGAAGAAUUAAUUAUGUGCGAUGGGCUAGAAGGAGAAUGUGAUAAAGUCUACCAUUUCUCUUGCUUGGGUCUUCCAGAAAAGCCGAGAACUUGGCUUUGCCCAGAAUGCCAAUCAAUGGAAGAAGAAAAAGCUGGCUAUGACUCUGGAAGCGUCUGCUCGUCAGAAGACUUCGAAGAAGAGCCAGAAUAUGAAGAAAGUGAAGAGCUUUCAAGCUCAAGCGCCUCUGAAGAAGAACAGGUCGAAUCAGAAACUAGUGAAAGCGCCGAAGAAUAUGAAGAAGAUUUAGUAAGUGACCCAGACGCUGAAUAUGAGCCUCAAAGCGACCAUGAAGAAGAAGUCUUAAAAAACAGGUUUAUAGAGACCAUGAACUCAAAUGAAAGGAAAAAGUUCAUCAAAGAGUUCCUUAAGCCAGAUUACUCUGGAGAAGACUCACAAGAAGAAGCAUGGAUGAUCUUUGGAAGCAUGCCCAAAAAGCGGCAGAGAGAAAGCCCAAAUCAUGCUUCGGUCCCGAGGAAAAGACUGAGGAAACUAAACACAAAAGAAAACGAAGUCGCAAUUACCCAACCUUGCAGUCCUGAAUUGAAGAGUUUUGUAGAGAAACUUGUAAAUACAGAAAUGGAUGAGUUUCUUAUGAGCGCAAAACAAGAAAACGCGAUAAAUGAAAAUACAAUAAAACGCCGAAUUAUUAAAUUGAUACUGGACAACCCACGCUUGAGAAGCUAUACAGACAUGAGAACUGUGCAAAAGAUGAAAGCUCUUGUAAAGAAUCAUGCUGUAGGCUUGUUUAGUUAA